AUGAUUACAAUAUAUAUGUUACCCUCACCACUUGAUUCUUCAAAUUCAUAUCUAAGCACAAGCACUAUUGUUGCACUUUGCGUAUUCUUUGCGCUCCUCUGUGCUUGCAUCAUCUUAGGCCACCUUCUUGAAGAGAAUCGAUGGGCCAAUGAAUCCAUCACUGCCCUCCUUCUUGGUUUGUGUUCUGGUGUGGUGGUGUUGUUGGUGACCAAGUUUCAUAGUACCAAGUUUCUAAUAUUCAAUGAAGACUUGUUCUUUCUUUACUUGCUUCCACCAAUCAUUUUCAACGCCGGUUUCCAAGUAAAAAAGAAACAGUUCUUCAAGAAUUUCACUACUAUUCUUCUGUUUGGUGUCCUUGGAACAGUUAUUUCUUUCUGUCUCGUAUCUCUUGGUGCCUUUCUACUCUUUAACAGGAUUGGCAUAACUAACCUCAGCAUAAAAGAUCACCUAGCCAUUGGGGCCAUACUAUCAGCAACUGACUCAGUUUGUACAUUACAGGUUCUGAGUCAAGACGAAACACCUUUUCUUUACAGCAUUGUAUUUGGCGAAGGAGUAGUAAAUGACGCCACGUCCAUUGUUCUUUUCAAUUCAGUCCAAUCACUUAACUUCAGCAGUAUCAAUGCUAUUACAGCCUUGAAAUUGUUGGGGACCUUCCUUUACCUCUUCUGCACUAGUACCGCUCUUGGCACAAUUGUUGGCCUUUUAAGUGCUUAUAUUAUUAGAACACUUUAUUUUGGGAGGCACUCUACCGAUCGUGAAGUUGCACUUAUGAUGUUAAUGGCAUAUCUAUCGUAUAUGAUUGCCGAGCUUUUGAAUCUCAGCGGAAUUUUGACUAUUUUCUUCUGUGGCAUUGUUAUGUCACACUACACGUGGCACAAUGUUACAGGAAACUCAAGGACAACAACCAAGCAUUCCUUUGCAACUCUCUCGUUCAUAGCGGAAACCUUUAUAUUUCUAUAUGUUGGCAUGGAUGCUCUAGACAUUGACAAAUGGAAAAAAAGCAAAGCUAGCAUAGGAACUUCAGUUGCUGUCAGCUCAACUUUGAUUUCAUUAGUUUUGAUUGGAAGAGCAGCCUUUGUUUUCCCUAUUGCAAACAUUGCAAAUUGCAUCAAAACAAGAGAUAGCACAAAAAUUGAGUUUCAAUCACAGUUUAUAAUAUGGUGGGCAGGCUUGAUGAGAGGUGCCGUGACCAUUGCCUUGUCUUAUAAUCAGUUUUCAAAAUCUGAGAUAGCAUCCGCUGAAAGCUCUGCAUUAAUGAUCACCUCAACUAUAAUCCUCGUCUUAUUCAGUACCGUGGUAUUUGGUUCCAUAACAAAGCCUUUGAUUGAGGCUGUGAAGUUAAGGCAUUCAAAACCAGCCAUUUCUGGCUCCACUGAUAAUCAAGAGGAUAUGGGAUUACUAUUCCUUGAAAGCAAUUGUUCCGUCAACCAAAGCAUCGAUCAGCCAUAUCAUAGACGAAGUACUCUGAGUUUGCUGAUGCGUUAUCCUACUACUACGGUUCACUACUUUUGGAGGAAAUUCGAUGAUAAGUUUAUGAGACCUGUAUUUGGUGGUAGAGGUUUUGUUUCGGUACCUCCUGGUUCACCGCCGGCUGAAGACGAGGUUUCUUUGAAUACAACGUUAGUGGUAGUAGCAGUGGUAUUGUUAUUUUUAUCAUGA